AUGGACUCCAUAGACAAGAAAGUUCAUGAGAAAUUAGAUGAAGAAGAACUUGAAGAUACAGUAGAGAAUGCUAAACCUUUGUUCGAACAAGAAGUUAGAAAAAUGUGCGAAAAACAAUUUGAACAUGAACGUGAGAUAUGUUAUGGUUAUAGAGAUUCUCCAUACGAACUAGACCAAUGGGAACAAGAAGAUUUAAAGAGAGAAUUUAGAGAAUAUGAACUCGCUAAGAUAGCAUUAGAAGCUGCAGCAAAGAAGUUAAAAGUUUGGGGUCGUUUUGUACAAAAAUAUUGUGGUAAAUGA